AUGCCGCUUUCUACCGAGAUGUGCGGGGUCCUUUUGAUGAUUGCCAGCGGCAUAUUUGUCACCGGUGAUAUGGUGGCCAGCAAGCUCAUUGAGAACUCAGGAUGGCCAUAUUGGUAUCUCAUUUCUGGGGUUUGUUUGGUUGCUACAGGGGUCAAUGGGGCGAUGUUGCGUGCCCUUGGCGUUGCUUGGCCCAAGCUGGAAGAGCUGAAGUGGGUGGUGUCUCGGUCGUUUCUCCAAUCUUUACAAUGGCAUUCUAUGGUCCUUGCAGUGCUGGUGGGCGCGUCCCCCGGGGACGUUGCAGCUUUGAGCAGCGUCGACAUAAUCGCUGCUGCGCUUUUGGGCCUAGUCUUUCUGGGUGAAAAGCUGAGCCUCUUGCAUUUCUUUGCUCUUGUAAUAUCUGCUGUGGGUGCGAUAUUUAUCUCCAAGCCUGAGUUCAUCUUUGGCCUUGAAGAGGGAGAGCAUCGGAGCAACCUAGGCUCUGUAUUGGCCUUAUUUUCAGGCCUCCUCCAGGCAGCCUCCUUCAUUUGCGCGCGGAAGUCCGCUGACGUAUCUGUAGGCAUCCUUACUUUCUGUAAUUUGCUGCUGGGUACUGCCGUGUCACUUUUGCCACCUAUGCUGCCCAUGGUGCAUGCGAGCUGGCAACCCGUUAUGGCAGAACCUGGGACGGCGAUGCUCAUUGUGUUGCUCCUGGUGCUUCUCACCACCUUAUCCAUCGUACUGCCUGCAGCUGGUAGUACCAGAUGCCCUGCUGCAGUGAGUGCCACCGUUUUCACCUCCUCAUGUAUGGUAUCUGGCUACCUUUCUCAGGUGUUCUUCUUCCAAGAAAUCCCCAGCACCUUGACGAUCCUUGGCGCAGCUUGCAUGUUGUUGAGUGUGGUGCUCAUGGCUUUGCCCUCCCCAGAGCGUGAAGCUGCGCCCGAGAGCAAAGACACCAUCCAGGAGGAGGCCGAUGAAACACCCAGCUUGGGAUCCUUCGUUGCCUCCGAAGUCUCUUUCCGCACAUCCCCAGCGCGCCGCCGUGUGCGGACGAUUCUGGCAGAGCAGAUUGGACUGCCAGUGACCAGUGGCUAA